AUGGUAACAAAUCUUAAAGAUUUGACAUACAUCGAUUUUAAUAAUGAUUGGAAAUGUUAUUGUCAACAAUCAAAUGAUAAAACUGAUGAAAAAACUAUCGUUACGACUGCAAAUAAUAACAAUAUAGAUCAAUAUUGGUCGCCUAUUGAAUUGCCACAUAUUAUCGAUACGAUUAAACAUGAUAAACGGUCUUGUAAAUGGUGGUAUCGAAAACAUUUUGAUUGGACAUUAACAAGUGAACAAUGUGAACAACGAGUCUAUCUUAAUUUCGAAUCAUUGGAUAAACAUGAUAAACAAUCUAAUAUCAAUGCUAUUAUAUGGCUUAACAGUGCGCAAAUAUUUUCAGGUUUAUUAGUAUUAUUGAAGGAUCCAAUUGAAUUAUCUUCAAAGUUAUUACAUAAUGAAACCAAACAUCAUAAUAUCUUAGUUAUUUGUUGUACCAAUACAAAUCUUUUUCUUCAUGCUUGUCUUGUUAUUCAUGGUCAGGUUGUUUGUGCUACAGGACAAGUCAUUAUAGAUGAAAGACCCCUUGAUGAAUAUAAAAAUUCAGAUGAAACAUCAAAUAAUAUUCUUGAUUAUAGAGCUAGUGUUGAUGAUGGUGAUGGACGUAUUAAUGUUACAUUUAAUCCCAAGCGAACAUCAAUAGUUACAUCAACACCAUUAAAACAUUUUUCUCAAUCGAUUAUAAAUGAAAAUCAACUAAACGAAGUCAAUGAUGAUCUUCUUGUACCUCGUGUAUCUAUUGUCAUACUUAUAGUUGGUACAAGAGGUGAUGUUCAACCAUUUAUUGCUCUUGGUCAAAGACUUCAUGCAGCUGGUCAUCGUGUACGAUUAGCAACACAUGAAACAUUUCGAUCCUUUGUUCGUGGUAAUGGUCUAGAAUUUUAUCCAUUAGCUGGUGAUCCAGCUGAUUUAAUGUCAUUUAUGGUAAAAAAUUCUGGAAUUAUUCCUUCAAUGAGUAGUAUUAUUGAAGGUGAUGUAGGACGAAAACGUCAGUCUGUUGCCGAUAUUCUUGCAUCAACAUGGCAAGCAUGUAUAGCCGAUGAUGAUGAAACAAACUUAUCAUUUAUAGCUGAAGCAAUCAUUGCAAAUCCACCAUCAUUUGGUCAUAUUCAUUGUGCAGAAAAAUUACAAAUUCCUUUACAUAUUAUGUUUACUAUGCCUUGGUCACCAACAACUGUCUUUCCACAUCCACUAUCAAAUAUUAAUAGUUCAAUUGGACCAAAAGACAAGAUUAAUUUGUAUUCGUAUGAUGUCAUUGAAAUGCUAACUUGGACGGGUGUGCGUGAUGUUGUGAAUAAUUUUCGUAAGAAAACAUUAGGUCUGAGAGAAUUGAAUACAGGACAAGCAAUAAAUGUAUUAAUUGAUGAAUGUGUACCACAUUCUUAUUGUUGGUCACCAUCACUUGUUGCAAAACCUAAGGAUUGGGGAUCACAUAUUGAUGUUUCUGGCUUUUUCUUUCUUAAUCUUGGUACUGCUUAUACUAAUCCACCAAAAGAUCUAUUAGAAUUUCUUGGAAUUAACAAUGAUCUCCAUCAGAUAGAUCGUCAAUUACCACCACCAAUUUAUAUUGGUUUUGGUUCUAUCACUGGUCAUGAUUCUCGUCGUAUUUUGAGAAUUGUUAUUGAUGCUCUUGAUCGAACUAUAUAUCGAGCUCUAUUAUCUGGUCUUGCUUCAGAUACAGAUCAUCUACCUUCUAAUAUAUUCAAAAUUGGCAAUGUACCACAUGAUUGGCUUUUUCAAUAUGUAUCAGCUGUAUGUCAUCAUGGUGGAGCAGGUACAACAGCAGCUGGUUUACGUGCUGGAAAACCAACAAUUAUUAGUGGGGCUGGUCCACGUCCACUACCCGGCAAAUCGAUUACUGUUGAUCGAUUGGUUGAAGCUUUUCAUUUUGUUCAUAAACCAACAACACGUGCUGCUGCAGAACGUAUUCGUGAUGGUAUCUUGAAAGAAGAUGGAUGUGCAGCAGCAGUGCAUGCAUUUCAUUCUAAUUUACCUUUAACACGAAUGUAUAGCGAUUUAGAACCAACAUUUGCUGCUUGUUAUCGUUCAGAUAAAUAUAAUAUACAAAUAUCACGUCCCGUUGCUCAAGUACUCGUAGCAGCAGGCGCUCUAGAAGAAUCAGAACUUCGUCCUCAUGUCGUACGAAAUUGGCAAUUUAUGCAUGAUCAUCGAAUGCAUUUCCUUACUCAUGGUCUUAUUAAACAUUCACAAGAAGCUUUUUCAAGUAUGUUCAUUGAUACUGCUGCGGAUUUAAAACGUGCUGCUAAUAAUGACAAUGCAGCUAUAGGAACAUUAGAAGGUGUUGGAAGUGUUACAAAAAAUGUUGGCCUAGGUAUUGGUCAUUUAACGAUUGGAUAUCUGUCAUUAUAUGGUGAACUAAGCGAUGCACUCGAUCGUUUUACUUUUAUUUAUGAUCCAUACAGUGAUGCGAAGGCACAUCCACGACCAAGAGUCACCGAUUUCAAAUCGGGUGCCAAGGCAGCUGGUCUAGCCUUAUGGAAUGGCUGGAAAGAUGGAAUGACGGGCAUUGUAAGGCAACCACGUGCCGGUUAUCAACGACAUGGUGCAUUAGGUGGUGCUGCCGGAACAUUAAUAGCGACUGUCAAUAUUGGUAUGAAACCUGCAGUAGGUACAAUGUCAUCACUCACGUGGCUUAGUCGAGGAACUUAUGCUAGUGUGAGAAAGGCAAUAGAAACUUAUAGAAAUGAAGGACGGCGUAUUUCAAGAAAAUUAUUCGAUUCAGCAUUAUCAACACAAGACAAUGAACAAUUACAAGUAGAUGAUGAUGAAGGAAUCUCAUCAGCUGCUAAAACAGCAGCAACUAAAUCAGGUUUUCAUCCAAAAGUAUGCCAACAUAUUCUUGAUGAAUUUGAAAAAAUUAAAAUAGAACAUGAACGAAAAAUGGCUUCUUCAAUGAAGAAAGCAAAGAGUAUAUCCAAUUUCUUUUCCAAUACUAGCGAAACGUUAAAAGCCUUAUCAUCGAAUAGACGUCCAAAUUCAUAG